UUGGGUGUGUUGUGUUCGGCGCGACCGCCGUCCCGACCGUUCAAAGUGGAAAGCUUGAAGGAAACGGUUGAAAAAGUGCAAGAAGGCCAACAAAAAUGCAAAACAGCAGAAAGCAGAUGCGGAGGAAAUGGAGAGCCAGCUGAAGAUUGCUCCAGCAGAGACAGCACGCCCGACUUGGGAGGAGGAAAAGUUGCUGCGCGAGAAGAAGGUGGCUCUCCCACUGGAGAAAUUGGUGCAGGACAGCUUUCACAAGAUGGAAGAGAGGGAGAAGGCCUUGAAGGAGGUCCUGCCACUGAUGGAGAAAGAUGAGAGGAAUACGAAGGAUCGUAUCAGCAUGUUGGGGGGUGAUACCAUCAAUGAGUGUUUUUGCAACAACGUGGAGGUGUAGUGUAGUCUCGGAAGAGGUGGUCAUGAGAGUUGUGAGGGAAGCAAUCAGCGUUGCCGUGGAGGGAUUCGGAGCUGAGGGCAUAGCAGAGCUGGAGGAAAAAAGUUGGGUAGUCUUCCCAGAACAGUAGCUUCUUUAUGGACGGCCGAGAACAACAUUUCAAGGCUUUCAGAUCAAUGUCUUUGAUCGUGUGGUGGUAAAGAUUGAAGCAGACAAGGAUGAUUUGACGAAGCGCAGAUUGAAGUUCACGACCACCUGGCGCGUUGUUCUGGAAGAUGACGUAGGAACACUCUGUAGAACCGCUGAAUGCGAUGAUGCCUACGCCAACGUGACAAUUGUGGGCCUAAAAAGA